AUGGCAGUUGCAGGUGUACAGCUACAAGAGACCGAGGUGCUGGAUGUCAGCGGAUCUGCACCAGCAGCUUUGGAAGGAUGGAGAAGCUUGAAUAAGCCUGAACCACCAAAGAAGCCAUCUAAUUGGAGGAGAAAGCACGAAGAGUUCAUAGCCACCGUAAGAGCAGCUAAAGGCCUUGGUCAGGCCCUUAAAGAGGGUGGCAAACUUCCUCCCCCUCCUCCACCUUCUUAUGAUCCUGAUUAUAUUCAGUGUCCAUAUUGCCAGAGGAGAUUUAAUGAAAAUGCAGCUGAUAGACAUAUAAAUUUCUGUAAAGAACAGGCAGCACGUAUUAGUAAUAAAGGCAAAUUUUCUACUGAUACCAAAGGAAAAUCGACUUCUCGGACACAGUAUAAGCCUCCUGCACUUAAAAAGUCCAAUUCUCCUGGAGCCACCUCAUCAGGAUCUUCACGAUUACCACAGCCAAGUGGCACUAGCAAAACUGUUGUAGGUGUUCCUUCAGGUAAAGUGUCUUCAGUUAGCAGCUCUUUGGGAAACAAACUUCAGACCUUGUCUCCCUCCCAUAAAGGGAUAGCAGUCCCUCAUGUAGGAGCUAACAUCAAACCUCGAAAUUCCACACCACCUAGUUUGGCUAGAAAUCCUGCCUCAAGUAUGCUUGCAAGCAAAAGAAAAACAUAUACUGAGAGCUACGUGGCCAGGCCAGAUGGAGACUAUGUCUCUUCACUUAAUGGUGGAAACAUUAAAGGCAUUUAAGGAAAUUCAGUGGGACACUUACCAAAAUUCUGCCAUGAGUGUGGGACUAAAUACCCCGUAGAAUGGGCAAAGUUCUGCUGUGAAUGUGGCGUUCGAAGAAUGAUUCUGUGAACAAAAUCCAGAAAGAAAAAGAGGUAAGUCCAGAAUUUUAUGACUGUUGCUGCUUGGACAUCUAGAGCACUUCCUUUAGUGAUUUUGUGCUAAAAUCAUUCAUAAUACUUUUUUCAACAGUUUUUGGAGCAUAAUCCUUUGGCUGUGUAAUGUGUGUGUGUAUAUAUGUGUGUGUACAUAUACUGUAUAUAGUAAAUACCUGACAA